GCGUGUUUUCGAGACCGGAAAAUCCGUGAAAACUGUCGGGUUACUCAAGCCACGCAGCACACACACACACCCCAGCCGAAAAAAAUGGAGAAAAACCCAGUGAAAAGCAGCCAACUCAGCGAAAUUUAAGAACAAUUAACGAGACUCCAGCGCAACUCCACGGAAAAACAUUCACAAAUUAAAAGGCAGCGGAAAAGCGUUAGCAAAAAGCGUCGAAUUUGCGUUUUUCCUACGGCUUUUCCAUCGCUUUUUUGGCCAGCGCGAAUAUCGAUUGCUGACUGCCUUGCAUAAGUCCACGAAGAUUAGUAUACAAACGCAGUCGAAACCGUCUGGAUAAGCGAUUCAAAUGACAACGAACAACAGGCCGUACUCGUAGUAAUUAAGUUUUUCAAUCAUCCAUAUUGAAGUCAUCAUGGAGCAGCUAAAGUCAAGGAUUUCAAAGCCUGGCCCAAACAAUUGACACGAAAAAGGGAGGCAGCAAGAAGGAUUUCCCUGGAUAUAUAUAUAUAGAAUCUCCUGUGUGUGUGUGUGUGUGUUUGCCCCUGUUUCGCUUUUAUUUUCUUUUCCAUUUUAUUUCCUUUGUUGCCGUUUGAAAAUGGAUAUUGCCUUGCGUGGCACAAACAGAGCAUCGUCAACAUCAACGACUGGAACUGGUCUGCAUCAUGCUGUGUCAUUGGGCAACAUUGAGGUCUCCACCAAGACCACCUACUCCAGCCACAUGGAUCGCAGCUACGACUCCGAGGAUGAACACACUGGUCGCCGAAGACUUCGCCAUACGCUGUCCACCGAGUUGCAUCCUCACACUUCUGUCUACUCGCGCGGAGAUAUUCGGGAACAGUACUGCCUCACAGAUCGCCAGCUGCACAGCAUAGAGCAGCGUCCUAGGCGGGAACGGUUUUUUGGCUGCCUUUCGCGACGCGGUCAAACGCAAUCGGGCAGUUUUUUGGGCGGCUGUGUGGGUCGGCGGGUGCCCUCCGAUGAGAAUUUGGCGGCCUAUGCUCCAUUUGAAAAAUAUCCACGCUACCAGAACAGCUACACGGACACACACGAAUUGGAAAGUUCCUAUUUUCGCCGUCAACCGGCCUCGAUUCUGAGCACUGGUAAAUCGGGUGAAGCGGACCUGGGUGGACGCUACACCUGGAUUGGUCAGCAGCAGGUGACCAACAACAAUCCCGACUACCAAUCGGACCACAGGGCAACUUGUUGUACAGCACCACUUGAAUCCUUUUACCAGGAUGUUUUGCUACGGAAUUAUUAUGUCGAGCUUUGCGCUCCACCAAAUCCUACACCACCAACAUCACACACCAAUCAAAUCGCUAAUCUAAAUGUUUGCUCGUAUCACUGCCCCACAUACGCCACAAUGCCAACCACACACCAUCAGCACCACCACCAACAACAGGGCGGAAAUGUCAGAACCAAACACGUGAGCUUUGCCAGGUCGCACACACUCACAAGUUUCGACAAUGUGAAUGCCGGAUUCCGAUCCUCAGGGCGUUUGAAAACGGCCCGAAGCCAGGAGAGAUUAAUUGGGGGCAAGAAGCCCAUUAUUGCCACGGGCUCCAUGUACGAAACCCUCCAGCCCCCGCUCCAAGCCCAACAGCAACCGCAACAGAUGCAGCCGCAACAGAGCUCCACCCUGCCAAAAACCUGGCUGCCACCACCAGUUCAACUGCAGCCAUGCCAGCACCACCAUGCUCCGAUACACCUGCACCAGCCCAUUCCAGGUGAGGAUUUAGACACCCAAUUGCCAGCACGCCCAGACAACAUGGUCGGACUGAUCAUUCCACAGCCCCUGCCCUUGGCUCUUCCACUGCCCAGUCCCGAAGUUCUCAUCGUCGAGAAGAAGUUCCGCAAUGCCAUGAAAACGCAGGCCACUCAAACAGAUGCAGCAGCCCGUCGCCAGGGGCAAAUUGGAUACAAUACCCAGGUCCUGGCUUUGAGUCCCCGACCACCACAUCGCAUUAAGGUGGUUUCCCAGGGGGCUCAAACGAACGGCCUGCAGAAUGGCAAAAAACUAACGAAAAGCCUCUCCGAAAUACCCAAUGGCAAGGAUGGCACCUCCUCGCAUCAUUAUCAACAGGGUUCCAUAUACCCGCAUGAGAUGAUCUACCGCACUCAGUCGCAGGAUGUGACCCCUUUGCAGACCCUUUCGGAUGCCCAAAACAACAUCAUGUACUACAAACCGCCGCCACCAUUGCUGGAUGCCCACAGUUACGGACUGGGAAUGGAGCACCUGAGCCGGACACGUCCUUCGCCAUCCGAGCAAAGUGUGGAAUAUGUGAAUGUGAAUGCUGCUGCAGUGGCUCUGAAUGAAAGUUUCGACUACGAGAGCAACAGUUUGCCUCGACGAGCGUGUACCUCGCAUACGGAUUUCUAUUCCAAUAGCUUGCCUAGAAGGCAUAUCACCGAGAGCUCGGAACUAAUGACCGAUAGUGUUCCCUUGGACUUUAGCCAAUCGCAUUUAUUGCCACCACCAAGUGAGUAUUGCAAGAACGACGACGAGGAUGUGGAGGAGUACUAUGACGAGGAGGAAGAUCAUCCCCAUGAAACGGAGAGCUAUAGCUCAGAGGUCUGCAUGGAGCAGGCGGCCCAACAUCGCCGGAUGUCCAUGCUGCCCCAGAUGAUAGACUCCCCAUUUCGUCGCGAUGAUCUGAGGCGUCAAUCCAUGCCGGUUUAUGGUCAAACGGAGAAGCUCAUCGAUGGCUUUGGCCCAAGGAGCUCUUUUCGAAGGCGCGACAAGGUCAGCUGUUUUCCGGAUGAGCCGCCAGUCGUUCAAGAAGUGCGGGAUGAACAGGAGAUAUUUAUUGAUUUUAAGCCGCACAUUUCGCCCAAGCCGAGUCCCAAGCUCCAGCUGAAGCACCGUAAGCAGCACAAGGCGGAGAUCGCCAUGAAAAAGAUGCAACAGCAGCGAAUGGCACAGGCGGCAGCUCUGACCCUGCCCAAGCCCAAGUCACAGCCAGUCGAAGUUGAGGUGAGAAAAGUUGAACUUGAGCCCAGCGAUGAGGAGGAGGACGAAGACGAGGUUUCCGAGCCCGAAGAGGAGGAUGACGGCGAGGAGAUCGAUGAAGAUGAGCAGAAACUAGAGACAGAUCUGCAGGAGGAUGAGGAACCGCUGUACGAGAACAUAACGCCCUGUGGCUGCCGGGUGGCUCCUCAGCCAGAUGUGGAGAAUAUCCAGGACAAACGCUCGCAAUUCCGCAAGCGAUCUGUCAGCUUGGAUGAUGACUACGAGGCCAAGGCAUCUGAAACUCCCACACCAACUGGCCUGAGACUCCCAUCAACUCCGGCCAGUCCUUGCCGCGAUGAGCUGCUGGCCAAUGUCUCAACUUAUCCUUCCUCAGACUCGCUGGCCAAUGACAAUACCCGCGAUCAUUCCGAUGGCAUAUGGAAUGAGUCGCAGGUUACUGUCUUGACAGCUGAACAGAGGGACAUAUCCGAUGGCUCCUACAGUUCCAACUUGCUGUUGACUCCCUCUUCGAAGAGAAAGAACCUACUGCUGCAGCAUCAGCAGAGAAGCUCGGUGGACACCGAUGCCCUGGAUUUUGAGGAACAAAGUCCCACCUAUGGCCUACAAACACUGCCGAAGAUCAUCAAGACCCCCACACCAACCACAUCGAGGCCCACUUCCACACAACCAAUGAUGCCACCUCCAGCCAUCGCCGUAACUCCAUCUACAAAUCAGAUUCUGGACAGCUGCGUAAGUUCACCGCUGCCCAAGAGGAGCAUGGUGGCCAGGGGAUCGGUUCCGGACGCCCGACAGCUUAUGUUCACUAGUGGAGCCGCCAAGCAAAGACACUCGGAUGCCUCGUUCCUGCCCAUGGGCGCCACGGACUAUGCGAGGAGUGCAGAUAUAUCGGAGUGCAGUACGAAUACAGAUGAGUAUGCCACCUGCACGGACACCUCGAAACGCACACCAGGUAUUAAGACACCGCCGACCACCACCAGUUCAUCGUCGACCACACAAGUGCCAGUUUCCACCCAGAGCUCGCAGUUAGAGAAGACGCACGCCGGCAGUUCCUUCGAAAGCGCCAGUUCCCUAUACUCCAUGCGGGAGGAUCUCCUCCAGCACGACGAGAAGGAGCGGGAUAAGCAGGCCCCUCUUACCAAGGCCCAACUGAAAUCGCCCAUUGGUUCAGUGGCAGAGCUGACCAGGAAAUCGCCAUCGCACUCGAUCAGUAGUACCACCUCUUCAGGAAGCUGUCCCGUCUCGGGAGCGGCCAUCAAAUCUCCUGCCAAGGAAAGUCUGCCCCAAACGGUGGCCAGUUCGGGAACGUCCCAGAUGAAAGUAAGCUCAGCAGAAUGCAUACCGCCUGGAGUUAAGCCCAAGCCGGAUUCCAUAUCGGAGGAUGAGCGCAGCGAAGUGCGGUACUCCUCGUCCGGUUAUUACGAGAGUCCCCACGAGGAGGAUGACGAAGAGCAGGGCACCAGGAGCAAGGCCCGCCGCCUGCGACAGGAAGACGAAAGAAAGAGGCGCAAGACAAGCAUGAAGCUGGACAUUGAGAAGGAGAACAUGCGUGCCCUAACCAGUCCCAUUAAAAGGCCCACAGGAUCCAGCAAGAUCACUUCGCCAGAGCAAUCGAUUUCUGGAACCAUGGACAAUGGCAGCAGUCCCAGCAAAAUGAAACGCUUCCGUCCCAAGAUACGCAGGCAGUUGAGAAAAAGUUCACGGGAAGAUGUCCUGGCGGCGGCAGCGGUACGCAGGAGUCGUGCCACGCCCACUAUUUUCGGCUUAAGCAGCGGCAGUGGAGACACAGAGUUGCUGCUAGAUGCCAGCAUGUCAACUGGCGCCGUGGCAGGAACCACCACCACUGCCGUGACAUCCGUAUCAGCACCAUCGUCCGCAUCCAAGUUACCAACAUCGGAGUCCUCAGUGACUACACAACCUGAGGCAGUAGUGGCUCCAUUGCCGGCGAAGAAACCACACAGUUGCGCAACGCCCACAUCCUUGCUGUCGCCCAAGCUGCCAACAACUAGUGGCACCCAAUCGAAGUCCACAUCGGACACCUUUCAGCUCAAGGCCAAGUCCAUUGAGUCCUUGCGCUCCGUGUCGCCUGGAUCCGAUUCCGUGUUCUACAGCGAAGCCGAUGGAAAUGCGGCCAGUGGCGAGCAGAGUCACUGCCACCAUUGCGGCAAGGAGAUGGAGGGCAAGCAGCAGAGCAACACCAUCAGCGAACUGGCUGGUGACUCGGUCGAGUCGAUACCCUACAUCGAGCAGGACAUCGUCAAGCCUCCCUCGGACUUCGCCGACUCGCCGGUGACCACCAAGACCACCCAGCGGUUGUACAAAAAGAUGGACAAGCGGUUCCGAUCCGAGGAGCGGUAUCAUGGAGAAAGGGGCAGGCACUACAAAACCAGGCAGGAGAAUAUUAGGGCAAAGAGCGAGGAGCGUGGACGCAUUCCCAGUCUUCCCAAUACCCCCGUCCUGCGUCCUGCCGGCUCCAGUCCUUGUGUCCUGCCCGAUACGGAACAGAGCCAGCACAUUAUCUAUAAGGGACACUACGACGCAGGACGCUAUACACGACUGACCGACGAUGACUUGUGGACUCAACUGGACCAUCAGUGUUUUGACCGUUCCAGGGAGCGCAGAGCUUCCACUGAGUCGGAGAAGGGCUUCCAUGCCAAGUACCAAGUGAUCCUACAUCGCCUCGUCCAGCGACGCUGCACAUUGGAGAUGUACCACCGCCAGAAGCACAACAGCUUCCGCGUGGACAAAACCGUGGUGGUCAAGAGCGAUUCCGGCGAAUUUGGCUUCCGUAUUCACGGUUCCAAGCCCGUGGUAGUGGCCGCCAUCGAACCGGAGACUCCGGCUGAGAGCUCUGGCUUGGAGGUGGGCGACAUCAUCAUCUCCGUGAAUGGCGUCCAAGUGCUGGACAAGCACCACACCGAGGUGGUCAAGAUCGCACACGAUGGCUGCGAGAAGCUGGAACUGCAGGUGGCCCGAACCAUUGGGGUGCUAAUGCACGAGCAACUGGAGCCGCCAAGUCAGCCCAUAUUUAGUGGAUACCUGUGGCGGCAGAGUGGACAGGCCAAGGGAGCGCCCAAUACCAAGAAAUGGGUGCGUCGUUGGUUCUCCCUGCGACCCGAUAAUUGUCUGUACUACUACAAAACUGAAGAUGACUCUCAACCCGUUGGCGCCAUGAUCAUGGCCAAGCACACUGUGGACUUGUGUCCGGUGGAUGUGGGCAAGCCUUUUGCCUUCAAAGUGGAUGCCGGCGAGGGUAUUCCCAUGUACGUGGCUGCCGACUCCGAUGAGAUGGCGAACAGGUGGCUCCAGCUGCUCAGGCAAGCGGCCUCCCAGGACAACCAGUGGCUGGACAAGAGUGCGCGGUGCUUGUACCAGAGUCCCAGCAACAUUCAGCGGCCCGACUGCUUCGGCUACUUACUCAAAUUGGGCUCAAGGUGGUGCGGCUGGUCGAAACGCUAUUGCGUUCUAAAGGAUGCCUGCCUCUAUUUUUACCAAGAUGCAAAUAGCAAGAGUGCAUUCGGCAUGGCCUGCUUGCACGGCUACAAAGUGGCCUCGAUGUCCGCCAAUGCAUCCGGCAAGAAGAACUCGUUCGAGAUAGUGCCACCAGAGACGAAAUUGCGUCACUAUUUCUUCUGCACCGAAAGCGAAAUGGAUAAGAAGCGCUGGAUAUCCGCACUGGAGUACUCCAUUGACCGCUGGAUAAAGUCCGGGUAACUAAGGUUAAAGACACGCUCCAGAUCGGCUCUGAGCAGCCGACUCAAGCGUCGCAGUUUUAGCUACUUCAUGGAUUAGAGGGGACGACUUGACUUGUUCGACACUAGUACGGGUACUACCAACAACACUUAGAACUUAAGCCAAGCAAACCAAUUAGUUUUAGGCAUAGGCGAUUGCAUAGUCCAAGGAAUUUAGUCGGUCAUUCAAAUCGAGUUUAAAACUAUUUUGAACAAGGCGUACAUACACAGAUAUAUACACAUAUAGAGGAAUACGAUAGGACAUUUUUGGUGUGUAUUCUUGUUAUAUAGCUUACAACAAAUGGCAUAUAUACAUACAUAUAUAUAUAUAUACAAAACUUAUGUUUAGUGAGGUUGUCUUGUCACUUAUAUACAUAGAAUAUAUUUAGCCACAAAACAAAUGAGAGAAAUGAUCGUACAGCAGACCAAAUUGAUUGUCUAAUGUAUAUAGAAUUCGGCUAGGCUAAAUCCAAAUUCAAAUUGAAAUGAUUAGGUAUUCAAUGGCUCAAAUCCAGGCAAAGGCAAGGCAAUGCAAACGUUUUUUAGAUAAAUGUCUAUUUACAGAAAGGGUAAUAAAAUAGUACGAAAAUAGCUCAAGCGAGACCAAAAUUCAGAUUUAUCAGAGUGUAACAGUUCGAAAAGUCGUUGUCAAAGUCGAAGAAGAUUUUCCCAUUUUCCAUAGCUGCUUCCAUCGCAUUAAGCACACCAUUUUGUGAAUAAUAAAUAACAACGGUUUUCGUCCUUAUUGGAAACGAUUAUUAGUUAGUCGCGAUUACGAUAUAGGCCAGGAUUAGUUAGCUUUUUGAUAUGUUGGAUUUUUUUAGGAUACACAUUCAUUCACAAGCAUACACACACACAUCAACGUUCAUAGUAGGUCAAACAAUAAUAUAAUAGCGAUUAAUUCGAAAUCCAGUAGUUACUUUGUCAUAUAAAGAUAUGAUCUUUAAAAUGCUGAUUUCCUGUUUUUUUGGGUCAGUGUUCAAAUACCGAGAUUGAGUGAGGAUGCAACAAUUUUGAAGCUUCUUUUCGUUUUUAUUAAUACGGUAGCGAAUCUAUAUAUAAAUAUAUAUUUUAUAUAUUUUAAAUAGAGAUUUCCAAUUCGGCGAGGCGUAAAAAAUUAGAUAAUAAA